AUGGCAAACAACUUUAUAACAAAGACCUAUUUGGUCGCAUUCAAUCUGAUCUCCUUCUUUGGAUGGAGUAUGAUUUUGACAACAUUGAUUCGUCAUCUAGCUUUGGGGGAAAUGCGACAAACACUUCCGAUCGAAUACAGUGAAAAAUUCAUCGCUUUCUUACGAAGUGCAGCUGAAAGAAACAUUUAUGUGAUCUCAUUCAAAAAUCCAAAACUUCCAGCCUUUCUCUCAACUUUACUCGACCGUGCAAGUACACUUCAUGCAAUCUCUGGAGCAUUAGUAGCCGUCGUACAAUCUUUGGCAGUCAUGGAAAUCGUUCACGCUGUAAUCGGAAUCGUCAAGACUCCCGUUCCAACAACUGUCGUUCAAGUAUUCUCACGUUUAUUCUUGGUCUGGGGAAUUUCAGAAAGAUACAUCAAUUCUGCCGCUUCGCCUUGGUAUGCCUCAAUGGUUUUCGCUUGGAGUUUGACUGAAUGUAUUCGUUACCCCUUCUAUGCAAACGCUUUGAUGGGCUCCGAAUCUAACUUUUUACAGUGGGCUCGUUAUACCCUUUUCUACGUUCUCUACCCGAUGGGAGCCGGUUCAGAAGCCAUGUUGAUGUUCAAAACACUUCCAAACGCUUACCCAUGGGACAAACCCUCUGCUUGGACUGCGGAAAAGUACUUGGUUGCCGUCUUGUUUGUUCUUUGGUGGCCAGGUUUGUACGUCAUGUACACUCAUAUGAUCCGUCAACGUCGUCGUGCAUUGUCGAAAGUUAGUGGAUUUUGGGGAACAAAAGAUUCAAACGCUCGUCGUGAAGCUGCAAAGGUGAGCGCUCAACGUAAAAAGGGUGCUAAAGCCGUAGCUGAUGCAUCUUGGGCUACCGGUGAAUCAAACAAGAGCAAGUAA